AUCAUGGCUGACAACAGUAUGCUGGUGUCCGAAACUGGAAGGAGCCUCUUGGCUGAUUCUUCUGUUCUUGAUUCAAAAAUUAUAGAAACCUCCAAAGAGAAUGUAUUUCCUGGAUCUGUAGUGGAUGUUGAAGAAGAAAUGCCUCAAAUAGAAACAAGAGUGGUUUUGGUGGAGGAGGCAGGUAGACGUGAGGAGCUUCUGAAAGCCUUGGAGACCAUUAAGAUAAUGGAAGUACCAGUUAUAAAGAUAAAGGAAACUAGUCCUGGUAAAUCAGAAGAAAAACUAAUAAAAAGUAUUAUUCCUAUGGAAAUUAAAGUGCCCUGUAUAAAGACAGACACUAUAGAAGAGCUUGGAGAUUCUGAUUCCCCAGAAUUUGAGACUAUCUUUGUUGUAUCAGACUUCCAAGAUUCUAUCUUUAACAACCUCUGCAAAGCAGAUUGCCGUGUCAUUGGACCUCCAGUAGUACUGCACUGUGCACAGAAAGGAGAGCCUUUACCUUUUUCCUGUCGUCCACUGUACUGUGCAAGUAUGUUGAACUUGGUACUGUGCUUUACUGGAUUCAGAAAGAAAGAUGAAUUAGUUAAGCUAGUGACCUUGGUUCAUCAUAUGGGUGGAAUUAUUCGAAGGGACUUCAGCUCAAAAGUUACACAUCUGGUGGCAAACUCAACACAUGGAGACAAAUUCAGAAUUGCUGUAAGUCUUGGUACUCCUAUCGUGAAAGCUGAGUGGAUUUAUAAGGCUUGGGAGAAAAGGAAUGAGAUUGAUUUCUAUGCAGCUGAUGAUGACUUUAGAAAUCAGUUCAAGGUUCCUCCCUUCCAGGAUUGCAUGUUAAGUUUCCUUGGAUUCUCUGAUGACGAGAAAGCUAACAUGGAAGAGAUGACAGAAAUGCAAGGAGGACAUUAUUUACCAGUUGGUGACGAAAGAUGUACACACUUAGUGGUUGAAGAAAGUACAGUAAAAGAUCUUCCAUUUGAGCCUUUAAAAAAACUUUAUGUUGUAAAGCAAGAGUGGUUCUGGGGAAGCAUUCAAAUGGAUGCCAGAGCUGGAGAGUCCAUGUAUGUAUUUGAGAAGUCAGAAAGUCCUGGUCUCAAGAAAUCUGUGUCACUACUUUCUCUGAAUACUCCAAACAGCAAUCGCAAAAGACGUCGUUUGAAAGAGACCCUUGCUCAACUGACCAGAGAAACAGACAUGUCUCCAUUCCCUCCUCGGAAGCGGCCUUCAGCUGAACAUUCGCUUUCUAUUGGAUCCUUGCUGGAUAUUUCUAACACUCCAGAGUCGAGCACUACCAGUGGAGAAACACCAAAAUCCUGUGCAAGGCCUUCAAAAAACUCAACUCCUCUUCCACUAAAACAGUCUGCAAGAUGGCAGGUUGCAAAGGAAUUGUAUCAGACUGAAAGUAACUAUGUUGACAUUCUAACAACAAUCAUUCAGUUAUUUCAAGUUCCGUUGGAGAAGGAAGGACAACUUGGAGGACCAAUUCUUGCACAGGAAGAGAUUAAGACCAUAUUUGGCAGCAUUCCAGAUAUUCUUGAUGUGCAUACUAAAAUCAAGGAAGACCUGGAGGAUCUUAUGAUGAGUUGGACUGAAAACAAAAGUAUUGGUGAUAUAAUUCUUAAAUAUUCGAAAGACUUGUUGAAAACAUACCCUCCAUUUGUGAAUUUCUUCGAAAUGAGACAGGAGACUAUUACUAGAUGUGAAAAACAGAAGCCUAGGUUUCAUGCCUUCCUAAAGAUAAACCAAGCUAAACCUGAAUGUGGCCGCCAAAGCCUAGCUGAACUCCUUAUCCGUCCUGUUCAAAGGCUGCCUAGUGUUGCUUUACUACUAAAUGAUAUUAAGAAGCAUACAGCAGAAGAGAACCCAGAUAAAAUAACUCUAGAGAGAGCUAUUGAAUCGUUGAAGGAAGUGAUGACGUAA